GAGGCUUUUUGAAAGUCGUUGUGGCUGUUCUGGACGUUCGUGGAAUUCACGAAAUUCACGUCUUUCCCUUGGAAUUGACCUUUCGAUCUUGUCUCUCGAGUGAACUAGUACGAAUUGAUUCCAUUGGCCUUUUCAAUUUGUACAUGCAUAAUGUCUUUCGCAGAUUUGUUCGCCCGGUACCGCGCUAUGGGCGCCAUGGAGCCGCAGCCUCUUGACGAACAUCUAUUCUCGGCGGGAAGUGAUUGGAAUUGCACCAUGGAUGAUUACUCUCAGGAUGCUCCUUUGCAGGAUGGCGAUGGAGUUAGGCAAGACCGCAAAUCAUUCAAGCCGUCGCGCCCAUUCGUGUUGACAACAGAAGGUGAUUACGUCAGAGUCUCUAGUGAUGAAGGUCUCGAAGAGCUCUUUUCUCCACCUCCACGGUUAGGGUUAAACCUCGGCCUCUUGAAGAAUAACAGCGUGUGUAAAGACUAUUAUCGGCUGACCUCCAGUGUGUUGAAAUCUUUGUUAAUGGGGAUCAAGGAAAUGGCUACAGAGGAGAUCACACCUGCUUGGCAAGUUGGAUUCCCUUGCUCCAGUCCAAAAAAGAGUUUGUCCAGUUUAUUCGCAAGAAAACUGAACGAAGAUGUCAGUUACCCGAAAUUGACAACCAUGCACAGCGGAGAUGAAAUAGGAACAUCAAAGUUGUCUUCAUUCAGCCACAAUUCCAAACUGCCAAUGAGAGAAGUCGUCAACAUUGACGAUUUAAGGAGAUGGUUUUGGGGUCAAGUGGGCCACCCGCAGACCUACUUGGGGUCUACCACGCCUACGAACGAAUUGAAUGGUACAGAAGCAGAACUUGGUACAGAACUUGAAAGCUCCAGCUCCUUACAGUCACCGAGCAUAGAUACUUGUGAGGAUAAGUCGGUCGAAGUGGAGACUCAGUCGCAGCAAACUCAAUUCUCCGGGCUGGAGCAGGUGACAAGUUCUACAUCCGAAGGUAAAUCAUUCGAAGAGGAUAGCAUGGUCGAAUCACCUGACUUCCAGGCAAAUACAUCUGAGUCUCCAGAAACGAAAGUGACAACUGAAACCUCCAUUGAGAGCAGCUCUCAGCAGAGCUCACUCGGGACUCCUGCUGAGGACAAUGAGGUUUCAACAAGACACUGUACCGGCUCCGAUUCGGACCACGAAAGUUUAUUAAGAAAAAAUCAUGCGGCCAAUCAAGCGAGUAGGAGUAGGCAAUGCAUAUCUACUCGAAGAAGGGAAGAAAAAGAGCACUCAAGAAGCCUUAGCGAAGUCAACUGCAGAUCAGUAUCGUCCAAAGAAUAUGGACCUCCAGCAGACUCCAAGCAUAGGAUUAUUGAGAGAGAAGUAUCUUCCAGCAGACCGAGGAAGCAAGUGGUUGCGAGAAACAAUGAAGCAAUGAAUCCUCCACGACCAAAAAGCUGGUGUCUGGUAGGGGGGUAUGUUAAAAGGUUCCCAACAAAGCACCACACAUCACGUAAGAGUCAAUCUCCAGCAAAUAGUCAACCACAAGUUCCUCUGGCAGCAUGAACUCUCUGACCCAUGUCUAAGCGACUAAAAGUUUCCCUGUAAACGCUUGGCUAUAUCGGUGGGGAUUUGUUGGUACUGUCUAGCCCUCGGAAUGGACGGGGAAGGAAUCACAUUCUUCGCAUCAUCAUCAUCACGCGUGCGCAUAUUUUGCAGCAAAGCUCUGCCCCAUGAAUACAACUUAAUUUUCACUCAUGUGACAUAUCUCGGGCGAAUACAUGUGAUUGACUCACUGAGGGACAAAGUGUUCACCCAAGUGAAUACACUUGGCCGCCCGUGUUUAAUGGACCUGGACUUCACAACUGAACCUCGGGGUUCUUGGCAACUGACCUUACAGAAGUUGUCUCCAAAUAUAUAAAUGUACAAACAAUGUCCGUAACAAGAUUCCAUUGUCCGACUUACUAACUGCCAACCGACUGCUUUGACGAACUUCACAGGAGGAAGAGCAUCGUUCCAUGAGCUAGAGAUGAUGGACGAUGACUUAGAUAGCAACAACGUUGGAAUGGAGCCCUUUGAAUUUAGGCAGCAUCAGAAGUGUCCUAACAACUGUGAUCCAUACAUGAUUCAAGUUGAAGUUAAUGAACCAUGUCAAUGUGUGAGCUCAAAUCACGCUCACUGUGAACAGCCAUCCCACAAAUGGGACAUGCGACUGACAAUGUUCUCUUUGUAGUAGAGAAAGGAAAUCUAUUUACAGUUUCUUCUACAACGCU